GUAGCACCGUAUAUCUGCCGAUUUGGAGUAAGCUCCACCUCUCAAAAGAAGAACAGCCAUGGUAGUCACUCUCUCUCCUCCCAAAAUCUCAGCCAAACACUCGUACACCACCACCAUCACCACCACCACCCACAACAACCGCACUUUCCAUCAAAUCAUAAACAAUUCCAUAAUAAACACACGAAAAUUCAAAAUAAAUGAGAGAAACAACAACAAUUUCCCAGUAAUUCGAGCAUAUAUCGAAAACAGCAACCCAUUUACCAAUUUCGCAAACAAAGUGAUCGGUUCAUUACCCAUAGUUGGUCUUAUUGCUAGAAUUGUUAAUGAUGAAGGUGGGGUUGCUGGGGAUAUUAUUGAUUUUGCAGAAUUUAGAAGGAGAGUUGGUAAUAAGUGUUCUGUCAAUGAUUCUAGAGCUUUCUAUGAGUUUCAAGAUCGCCGUGGCCGGGCGGGGGAGCCAUUACACGUUCUACUGUGCUGUUGGUUAGCAGCACUUGGUGCAGGUCUUCUUAAAUCCGAAGAAAUUCUAGAGGGAGUUGCACGCCUUCGUCUUUCAAACGAUGUCGAGUUCGAAGAACAGACUUUUAUUGCUAAGAUGACUGAAGCAAAAGAGAGAAGAGCUAAACUGAAUGCUGCAACACCCAAAAUCCCAAUGGAAUUACGAGCUGAGAAAGCUCUCGAUGCUAUAUACGUUUGUUGCUUUGACAAGGAUUUGAUCGAAGAAGAAGAUGAAAAAUUACUAGUCACGAUUCUUAGAGCGGUGUUCCCUAAUGUUCAACAACCGGAGGUUGAAAGAAUCAUCAAAGAUAAAGCGAAAAAAGUUGCAGAAGGCGGUGAGGAUGAAGACUUUCCUGUAGAGCCUAAACCAUUGACUAAGGAAGCGGUACAGUUACAGAUGAAGGAUCUCCGGUUCCUGCAGCAGAACAGCAUCGAUGGUAGUUGAACAGAACAGAACAGAACAGUAAGAGUUGAUUAGAGACCACCCCUUUUGUUGUAUGUAUGUAAUGUGUACUCUUUGAUCUGCUUUGUUUGUUGCCAGUGAAGCUGUGAAGGCAGUGAUUGUCUGAAUUAGAGCUGAUUUGUAAUGUUCUUGGGGAAAAAGAAUGUAUGAAAGAGAAGAGUUGAGAAUGAGA